GUUCAAAUUGGUAUGAAAAGUGUUGUCAGAGUUAUGUGAUCUGUAAAUGAAAUCUGACCAUGAUAUCACCGUCUGUUCUGGGGAAAAUUUUACGGAGAUGUCAGCUGUUUUCAGCUUAACUAGUUUUUUCAAAUAUUUUUUGAAAGAGAGGAUCUCUUGAGAUACGGUGAAUACGGUAGCAUCAAUGCGAGUGUCUCGCCUCGUCGCUGCAGGCACGGCCGUGAGGCUGGUGUCAGCGGCAGACGAAGGGUCCGUGCAACAACAGCCUUCAUCUUCAAGCAAAUCAGGGACUACUUCCGCUAGUGGUAUAGUAAGUUCGACAAUCUCGGCGAUUUUCGGAAGUGAUGCGACGUCUGCAGCGUCAAGUGACGAGCCUUCGCCUGCACGAUAUGGGCUCAACGGUGAGAAAGAAGGCGUGAUUGCGAAGUCAACAUCUGCACCCGGUGGUUCCAAGAACAACGCUGGUAAUCAAGACGUACGGAAGAAAGGGCUAGGCAAGCAAGGAAAUGGCGGCAGCGUCGACAACACAGAAGGUGCAGCACAAUCGCAAAACCAGCUACCAGCAUCCGCCAAUGGUCGUUGUGGUGCAGAGUUUGGAACGCGCUGCGCGACGGGUUGUUGCUCGCAGUUUGGCUGGUGCGGAGGAACCGCAGCGUGGUGUCAGUGCGGUCAGGGCUGCGACGAAAGGUUCGGGCGCUGUGGGCACUGGUGGCAGGUGCCUCCAGGAGAGCGGCUCUGCAUGCAAUCUGAUGGCGUUCCGGAGAUACUACAGCAAAUCGCAGCACUCUUUCCACAUGAGGUUUUCUUCGACAUCAACGUGUUCCAAGGUAAACACGGCGGCGCGAGUAUCCAAGCAGACGGUGAGGCAGACGGGGGCGAACGCAAUAAAGGGAAAAGCAAACCACCAGAGGAGUUCGCGUUUGAAGCGAAAAUAGAAAAGAUGCAGGCACAGUUCAGCAGCACUUCCUACGAAGGGCUUCUGCGCGGCUUGACACAGAUAAAAACGGCGAUACCAGGUUCGAAUGUGAUCGUGACUCGAAGAUGUGCAUCAAGCUUGAUUGAGAUUGUCUUAUCAAUCUAUAGAGGAGAGGGCGAUUUUGUAGAGCUUAGUGUCACCUCUUUUAGGUACAAGAUCUCGAAGACGUGUUUAAUUGUGUUUCUGUCACAUAUUAACUGACGACCGCAUUGAAAUUUCCACACUCGUGGCCAGGCGCUGCCUUCAGCGACAUCGAGGAGGCACUCCGCUCGCCGCCUGAGGGCUUAAGCUUCGAAGCUGCUGCUGCUGCCAUUAGCACAUUAGCUGGCACUUUCGCACCUUUUGACAUCAAGCAGGCAUGGGCGAGUCUUCUUUUCUUCGUUGGCGGUCAUCCUACUCUGAAGCACAAGCCGAUCGACGCAAUUGCAAAAUCGUUACGGGAUAUCGAGCGCCAGUUUCCAGCAAAAAGUGGAUCCUUCUCGGACGUUUUGGGCCUAUUGCGGGAUGUUUUCAGCAACAAUGCGGAAAUUGAUGAUCCGCAAACGCUGGUAAACCUCUUGGCAGGUCUACGAACGAGCGGCUUCGAAAACGACUUUGAGAUUUCGAACGCCAAAGAUUUCGCUUCCGUCUUGCACAUCGUAUAAUUUCUUAACACAAAUUCGAGAAUCUAUCAGGUCAAAUAUGAGUAGGAUCGGAUGCCGCAUCGACAAUUAUAGAGAAGAGGAUGCAAAAACUGUGAGUCAGGUUUGUUUGCACCGAGCUCUGAUGAAAAGAGAACAAACAUUUCUAGGUGAUGAGCCUCUUCUUCUGUCAUGAGAAUUACGAAACUCUCCUCAGAUCCGCCAGCUUGGAGGAGACGGCAGCCUCACGCUGGCACAGCCGCUGAGUGACGCCUCCCACAUUCUAGGGGAAAUCAAGAGCAAGACGACGAACGAACCGCAGGACAUCGCACGAAAUAAUUUGGUUGAGUCCAUCAAUUUACUCUUUCAAUUGCACAGCAUGUUCGAUCUCGAAACGCGCUGUGGCUCUGGCGAGGCAGACGACCAAAAGGACGCAAAAACUUCCUCAACGGUCACGGCAAAGGCGUCGCCUGCACCCGGAUCCGCACCAGUUUGGUUCCAACACGAGGGCUGUUUUUCAAGUGACGUGGUUGCAAUAAUACGUGAAUUCAACGUGCGGACCCUCGCGGACUUCGUUGACGAAAUGCGGCGUUUCUCCACCGCACUGCCAAAGGAGACGAGUCUCCGGGCUGUUGUACAGAGCUUUCUGAAAAUGCGACGGGUCUCUUCCGCCAGCACGGCUACGAGCGCCGGCCCGCCGGCUUUCUCGAACAUAGUUGCGACGUCGUCUUCAUCAAGCACGCCACGUUCGGGAGGAGGAACGGCAACUAGUGCGGGGGCUUCUGGGUCUUUACCGGCCUCUUCCGCUUCGUCUUCAAGCAGCGAGAGCAGCAGCACCUCCAUUUCGGCAACGUCGAGACCGGCAGCGUUGACUCUUAGGGAGCUUGUCACAGGUGUUGUUGAUUUCCUGAACGCGUACGGCGACACUAUGGUAAGUGGCAAGAGAUUACGGGACUCAAACAGGGUUGAAGUGGUGAUGAGUGAGAUGCUGGCGCAGGUGGGGCCGGUCUCGUCGGGCCGCUGGAUUUCGUUGGCCGACAUCGCUUCGGAGGUAAAGGCAAUGGCGUCGCGGGCGCUCGCACGACAAACACGAGUGCAGCGCAUGAAAGCCGCUCUUGAGAAAAGUCGUAAUUCUGCGAAACAGACAGAUGGUCAUUUAACGCCGGCCUUUUAUCGCGAAAGCAGCAGUGAUUCGGAUGCUGACGACACGAGUGAUGUCGGUAUGAUAAUCCAACGUCCGUGGUGGGUUUCUGCAGACGAGUGGGAGCGUCUCACCGGCAGUGAAACAAGCGAUGACGCAAGUGACGCAGCAGGUUUCGAGGUCUUUGCGCAGGCUGAGGAUACUACAGACGCCACCUCCCCAUCUCAACGAGCGCAACCCGGAACACAAUCUUCUGCAGGAGAAUCUUCUGCGCCACCACGGACUGCGAGGCAGAAAGCGGGUGCAAUCAUGUCGCAGAGUUGGUUUGCUAGACCGCAGGAAGCGAUUGAGUCGAUCAACAGUCUCAAAAGCUGCUUUCCGGAGGUCGACUUUCUGGAGUUGACGCAAGUGUCGGAGCUGCUUGGCGACUUCGUGGGAGUGGAGAUGCCUCCAGGUUCUUCCUCGGUCGUGGUGUCGAUGACCGGUCCGAGCGGGCCCAUCCGCCGGUUUGCAGCGCAGCUCGCGCGAGACUUGUGCCAGUUGCGCAACGAGCAAGUCGGCGUAGAAAACAGCGUCGAGGCAUUCGGCGCACCUGGAGGGCGCUCGUCGCUAUCCUUCAAAGAGUUGCUACAUGCCUUAGAACACCUUUCCGACUACGAAGUGGACAAGUCAUUGUCCCACUACACGCAGAUGGUGACGGUGCUCCGCGCGAUAGUGCGCAAGUCUCCUGCAGGCGAAGACGCCCUACGCCUGGCCGCGAAAAUCGGGCAUCUGCGGCGGGAGUUCUUGGCGUUGAGGGACCAUUCGAUGGCGCAGAGCGCCGGCGAGAACAUUCGCAGCCAGCUGAGCGCAUCUCGAGACGCAGUGGAUGCGGAGUCAGCCAUUUUGCUGCAGGACACGAUCAUGAAACUCGUCCAGGACACGAUGAAUGCCGCGUCGGAGGAAGAAGCAUCGAGUGUGUUUCUGAUCGCCCCGCAGGGGUCAGAACGAGGCGAUGCGCUCAUUGUGAAGUCACAGUCGGAUGAUGAGGCGCGCAGCGAAGAAUUUAUUGACUUGCCACCGCUGGGCGCGGUGUGGGCACAGAUUUCGGAGGUCCUACAACAGUAUUGGCCUGCUGAUACUGCGGUUGAUUUGAUCACCGCCUGGGAAGAGCUGCGGCGGGCGUAUCCGAAAUCGGGUAUGGCGGGUGUAGCAGACGCGACCGCGCUUCUGUCCCGGCUAUUCUUUCCCUCGCUUGCGCUCAGAAGCGAGCGCUUCUCGACAUGGCAACUGCCAAGGUUACAAAUGGUAUCUGACGGGGAAGAUUUCAUCGCGGAGUUGCUCGCAGAGGGUGGAUAUGAAGAUCACCGCGACAUCACGACAGCAAAUGAUAGUCCAUCCAGUGAUGGCCUCAUCUACUAUUCGUCUUCUGGAGACGCUGCUUCGAUGAUGAGGAGAGGGAGAACCCGACAGAAAUGCAGUGGUAUCAUUUCUUGUUUGUGGCAGAAGGUCGUCCAUUUUCUUGGUGUCAUCUUUGGUUUUGCUCACUCUGAAACACCACCUGGUUUUAAAACGACCUUUGCACGCAAAUUGAGAGCGGCGCAAAAUGCUCGCCGUCGGGAAGCUAGUGCAAUUGCAAGUAUUGAAGCCGAUCCAGAUAGUGUGCAGAGUGCAGCGCAGGCGCAAACGGAAAUCACACGGGAUGAGAAGCAGCUGGCAAAAGCUGAGCAGCGCAUCACGUCCUCUCUGGUAGCGCCGCUGAAAGCGCUCCAAGAGAAGCAGUUUGCGUCCCCAUCAAUGACGGCCGAGGACAAGGAGGCCCAGUGGUGGGUAAGCGGCUCGGCCGUGCAACCCUUCGAUGCAGAUCUCAUGCAGGUUGCACUGUGGCUAGCGCGUGCGAAGGUUCUCUCGUCCUCCAGCAAGGAGCAAAUGAACCUCGAAGCCGCCGUCGAGACACUAGGUCGACUAGGUCCCUUCUUCCGCGAGGGUGAAGUCGGAGAGGCCGUAGAUCACUUCCUGCAUUUUUUUGUGGAGAUGCAGCCAGAAGCUGUGCUGCAUCACUCUUACCGCGUAAGCCGACAGCAGUGGCUGUUGCGCGAGGAGACGAGGCUAAAGGGAGUUCUUCGCAGAAAGGCAAAGCUGGAAAAAUCGAACGUGGCAGACUCGCAUCGGAUUGGCCGUAUUAUCCCUGAGACCGAUGUACUGGAUGCAGACUCCAGUGGAAUCGCUCUCGGCGCGAUGCUCCUUGAUCGGGACGGUAGCGACGCUGGAUCGCAGGAAAGCAAUCCUAUCGGCGCGGCGGCGACAGUCGAAGAGCGGCCGAAGAUGUUGUUGGAUCGUCGUGCGGCGGACGCCAUGCGGACUGGAGACGGACACGCAGAGCUUUUACCGCAGUUUCCGCGUUCGUCUAUGCCCGACUUUGCCGCACAAACAAUCAGGUGCCGAGAAAGCAUGUCCGGAAUUGAGAGCGGCAUCUCACUAGAGCAUCUGCGGGAUGCAGCAGUGCGAUUGUCACGAGCGACAGUCCUCUUAUCGCCCCAAGUGUACGAUCUUGCGGAUCGCGGUGCCCCCAUGCGAUUUUUCCACAAGAAGCCACCACAGAAUCGCGCGCUGCACACUGCCAGUAGUGCUUGGGAUUUCUUCUCAACUAUUUUCGGAAGCACGAAUUCGCGAGUUUUAAGGAAUCCGACGCCGUCAUCAGCAUCGACAUCGUGGUGGUCGCCAUUUACGUCGAAAGCGGAGCAGAUGCCUACGUCUUCACGAGCCGACUCAACAGGAUCAGAGGAUGCGCAAACUCUCUACUUGACUGAGAGUGUUCUGGAACAGCUCUGGGCGCCGCAAACAGUGCUGCUGCUCCUUGGCAAGAUCGGCGUGAGCUUUUCCGAUAGUGCGGAUUUGUCAUUGACACGUAUUGUCUUCUCCCUCCUUCGACUGCUGUCGGUAGCCACUGAGAGUCUGCAACAAAAUGUUGGUGAACAUGCAGAAGCGGAGACCAUGCGGGGAAGUGGGGUGUCGCUAAGGCCUUCCGUGCCGGCCACUCCCUCUCUCUUUUCGUUCACCUCAAGUGGUACAAGAACAGGUGCUGAACAACCUGAAUUGACAGAGGUUGGGUCGUCUACUGAUGCACAACGGCUGUUGAGACGCGUCGAUGUUGGAGACGUUUCUUCUGCCUCAGCCCCCCUGCUCCGCAUUCUAGAUUUGGACGCUAUCAUCAGGACGCUGAUUGAAGCAGGCACAUCAACUCCCGCAAGAUCUACGGAUACUAGUACAGUGAGCAGUGGUCCUGGUGACGGAACCAAGGCUGCUGGGGGGACAGGAACUACUGGUGCGCAAGUAGUCCCUCCCUCGGUCGUGACCUGGGAAGAUGCUGUCGCUGCUACCUCUGCAGCGAUCCGUGCUCAUCCUGCGCGAUUCUUGUCAGCCAGAAUAUCUGAAACCGGAGAUGACAGUGGACACUUGCGGAUCGAAGUGCGAGAUCGUCUCGGAGUAUCUGACGAGUUGGUAGACCUUGAUGCAGUCACGACGUCGGACGCCGCGACAGUAGGGGUACCUUCUCCAGGAGACGAUUAUAGCUAUCUUAUCGGCACAAAACUAGGUGGUGAAGACGGUAGACGCGAUAUGGAGAUUCUAGUUUCGGGACCCUCGUCUGAUUUUGAGCACCCGCGGUUGGAGGAACAAGAAGAUGCAGAACCUUGGGAGAGUCGCUUCCGAAACAGCGCAGUGCUGCGAAGGGAGGGAUUUCGAAUCGGCCACACAGGUACGCACAUGGACACAACCAGGCUGCUAAUUUGCCUUGUCGUGGCUUUCCUCGUCGUUGUAGCAGCGAUGUUGCGGCGAAUCCCGAAAUCGCGACGCUCAAGCGCCAUUCAGCAAGUGGUCGGAUCGUGGCAAGGAUACGGGACACUCAAGAUGAAAACCGGGAACGCUUCCCUAGCCUCUGAUGAUGCUGAAGCGCAACCACAGAAACAAGAGGAAACAGUAUAUCGAAAAGGUAUCAUCUAUUAGUUCUACUUGCAUUUUUGGCGUUGGCAAUCGAUUCGGAUCAACUGCAGGUACUACAAUACAGGAAGAUGUGCAACAGUAGAAACAUUUAGUUUUGGUUUUCUUUUUGGAUUGCAUCUGUCUUUUGGCUCAACAUUUGUCUCAGGCUUCUUUGCAGAUGCAGAUCAGAAGAUGAGGCAGAUGUCCAGUGUAAUCGAGCAUUCUACAACAUCAAUGCACCGUGUUGAUGGAUCGGAUAGUGACGGUCUUGGGAAGCUCCAGAGGUUGACUAGAGCAGGUGCCGGAGAGGAAUCCAGUACGUACGGAUCGACGAUGAACCCUUCGAUAACGAGUACGAGUCUAUCAGAGCUAGAUCCGCUGGAACCAUCCGCUGGCCAGAUGAUGAGUAGCGUUACAUCCAUCGCGGCUGUCAAUGACUUUGAUUUGGAGGUCAGAGGGCUGCAGGAGGUAUCAGCAGCACCGAUGACAAGUGCUGUCACAGACGAAGAUAUCAUUCUAUGAUUCUUGUAGAAGAAAAUGAAAAUUGUAGAAAAAUACUAGACUUGAAGUUUUUUCAACAUAAGUCAUUUGGAGAAGAGCGUCAACAAAUAAUUGACAACGAACCAGUAUGUCUUAGAGGACACGCCAUGUCCAAGAAACAAAUCAUCCACUGAAGUUUGCUAAUAAGCAGUAAGAACUCGCCCACAGGGAGUCAACUUUUUUUCACCAAGCAAGCACAAGAAGACGCUACUGACUCGAUACAUGAUAUUCGAUUUGAUCAAAGUCACAACUUACUUUCUCGAAAAAAGUUAGACUUCCAGCAUGAUGAUGCUAAUUGACCAAAGAUCAAAAUCAAUGCACCUUUCUCGAGAAUUUAAAUUGAGCUUAUUUUUGUCAUGUAGCGUUUCAUAUGUCAUUGGGUGACAAAGAAACCCACAUCUCGGUACCCCUGCAAGGCUCGCUGGGGUCUGUUGUCUAUUAUUCCUAGCGCGUGCCUGUUUCGAAGGCUUGUCAUUCCGGAAACGCACCUUCUUUGCAUUUUCCUGUUUAGCUGAACAACAAUGAAAACAAAAUGAAGAAGUUACCUCCUUUCGAAAAAUUGAAUGAUACACAUCGUCUAUCAAGAACUAGUCUCUUUUAUAUAAUCGUUGCAAGUACAUCUACGAGUACAUCGAGAUGAAACAGUACUUUUCUAAUUUUUGUUGACGAAUUGUUUGAUUGUUGAUUUUAUAUCUCGUCCGAGUGUGGUCUGUUCAAAAUGAAAUAUUCUUCUGACGUCUACUUAAAGAUAAUUUUAUAAGUAUAUAGAUACAU